AUGGCGAAUACCAUCUGCCAAAUGCCUGAGUUCCGGGCGUUCAUCCUGGAGGUGGACAACGGCAUCUUCACGUCCUCGACCAGAGUGUUCAGCCACUGGAAUAUUGCAUCCAUGAAGCUUGCAGACGUCGAGACACUCGAGACAUACAUGACCACGACUCUCGACCGUCUCAGCCUCACCAACGAUACGAGACACGAGCUGCUGACCAUCUUCCUCGAGGCUCUGCACGAGCGAGUCUGCAUCAUCGACUGGGUCGUCCUGAACGGCGACCAAGACACCGACGAAGACUUCGCGGAGGUGGCGCUCAGCGACACAGACCGCCGGCUCCUCGAUUCUGUCGACAAGGACAACGACAACAGGGUCCUGGACGAGAAGACUCUUGCCAUUAUGAUCGACCUCGCCCUGAUGGCUGGCAGCAACGAGGAGGAGCCCGAGGAGCCCCACGAGGGCUGGGAUGAGGAUGAUACAGAGAGCAGCAUGGAGGACGACGAGUAG